GCCUCGCAAAUGUCGUCAAGGCAUUCGACCCCUUGAGUAUGUUUGACAGCGGAAGCAAUCAAGUCAGCAACCAGACCCGCAAUAUCAUCGGCACCACCAUGUCGGACUCGGACGUCAAGAACAUCGUCAACGCUUGCUCCAACAACAUGGCCGCUUACCAGACAAACGUCAUCGACAACUCACAGUGUGAGUACUGCAAGACCCACGACUGCAGCAUGGCCAAUAUCAGCCAGACCAAUGUGAAUGACGCCGUUCAGCAGUGCACCAUGACAUCGAUGGUCCAGACACUCAUGGCCCAGACCAACAGCGUGGAUAGCCAGGCUGUGGCAUCCGCCAUCCAGAAGGCUCAGGGCCUGCUCUCUGGCAGCAACUCCAGCUCCAACAACAACUGCAACUUGGUCAGCACCAACAUGGACACGAGCACAUACCUGAACCUGCAGAACUCGUGUGCUUCACAGCUUUCCGCUAUCCAAAAGAACCAGUUCGCACCCUGUGCCACAGCAAUCGGCAUCAUUCAGUCCAACUCCAACAAAUCAUACCAGCAGUGCAUGCUCGACAACAAAGCCAUCACUCAAAUCGCACAGGGCAAUACAACCAAGACAUCGAGUCAGUUCUCGUCUGACCAGACGACUUCCGGUCUCGACUCGACAGCGAUCAUUGCCCUGGUUGCUGCAUGCCUCUGCUGUUGCUGCUGCAUCUCGUCGAUUGCAGCCAUCGGGUACUAUGCUUACCAAAGCAUCGAUUCUGGGAGCGGCAGCAGCGGACCGGGUGGUAUGCCAUCACCAGCAUCCAUCGUGAGCAAGCUCAAGAAGUAGCCGCAGGUGGUGGGUAUGCCGAGUUGAUGGAGGUCGUGCUCGGUGCAAAGAGCAUAUUGACGAUCGAGCGAUUGUCGCUGUUCAAAAUGACAUCACACGGGUCGUUCGCUGCUUCGUAGCCUGUGCGGUUCCAGAGCUUGUAGUUGGUCGAGUUGGGUCCGCAGGUGUAAAUGUCGAGAUUCAGCGUCUGCUGGGAAGCCAGUGUGGUCGGGGUGGGUACGUUUUGGAUCAUGUUAGCACACUCAUCCAUCGGACUGACACUACCAUCACCUGUGGCUGCACCUGGAUUCACUGGGAAAUAAUAGCAGCCAUUGCCGUCAGUGUUGUACAUGCACUCGGCGUUGUUCUGGUUGAUGCGUGCAACGGUAUACAUCUUGAUGGUCGGGACGUAGACGCAGGACCAUGGUGUUGUCGAGUGGGUCUUGUUGUACUGGUAGAGUCCAAAUCCUCCGCCCGCAGUCAGGAGCG